UUUAUUGACCUAUAUAUACUAAAGCUAAUGUUUAUUGACCUAUAUAUACUCAAGCUAAUGUUAAUUGACCUAUAUAUACUAAAGCUAAUGUUUAUUGACCUAUAUAUACUAAAGCUAAUAUUUAUUGACCUAUAUAUACUAAAGCUAAUGUUUAUUGACCUAUAUAUACUAAAGCUAAUAUUUAUUGACCUAUAUAUACUCAAGCUAAACUAUAUUGACCUAUAUAUACUCAAGCUAAUGUUUAUUGACCUAUAUAUACUAAAGCUAAACUAUAUUGACCUAUAUAUACUCAAGCUAAUGUUUAUUGACCUAUAUAUACUCAAGCUAAACUAUAUU